GAGGCUAGACUUCCUUCCGGAAGUGACCCACGUGCUUCUUAUUUCGCUUAUCUUGGUACCCGGUAACUUUUUACUUUUGACCCGAAGUUGGGGACGUUGUGGGAGCUGUGACCUGCCCAGACCGUGGACUAAAGACCAGGAGGCUAUUCUCUCCACCGUGCUAAAUUGACAUGGAUCCGCUCAGAGCCCAGCAGCUGGCUGCGGAGCUGGAGGUGGAGAUGAUGGCCGACAUGUACAACAGAAUGACCAGUGCCUGCCACCGGAAGUGUGUGCCUCCCCACUACAAGGAGGCAGAGCUGUCCAAAGGCGAGUCUGUGUGUCUGGACCGAUGUGUAUCCAAGUACUUGGACAUCCAUGAGAGGAUGGGCAAAAAGUUGACAGAGUUGUCUAUGCAGGAUGAGGAGCUGAUGAAGAGGGUACAGCAGAGCUCUGGGCCUGCAUGAGGCCCCAGGCCGUGUGCACCUGUGGUGUACCUUACUUGAUUAAAGUGUCCCUAAUGGAUGUCACAUGUGAAAACUGUCAUACUUAGCCCCUUGAGCAUCUUCAGGACCCCUGCGUGUGGUAGAGCUCUCCUGGCUAAGGAACUUGUCACACUGGUUUGUGACUUUGUAUGUAUGUAUAUGUAUAUAUCUUAUUAAAACAAAUUUGUCCAAA